AUGAAAACAAACAAAGCUUUCGACAUUAUCAUUUUUGGUGCUAGCGGUUUCAUAGGUCGACACACUGCUUUAAAAGCUGUAACGAUGUUUAAAGAUUUAAGUUGGGCUGUAGCGGGAAGAAAUAGGGAAAAGUUACAACUCAUUGUGCGUCAAAUUGCUGAAAGAACCCUUAAAGAUUUACGAGAACUACCGAUACUAAUUGCUGAUGUAAAGGAUGAACACUCAAUUAUUAGAAUGGUGGAAGAUUGCGAGGUUUUAAUAAAUUGUUGUGGUCCAAUUCAAUUAUGCGGCGAAGUGAUAAUUAAAAAUUGUAUCAAAUCGGGUACCCAUUAUGUUGAUAUCAGCAACGAUCCGUAUUUUAAUGAAUUAAUGCAAUUGAAAUAUCACGAAAGUGCAGAAGAGAAUAAUAUAUAUGUAGUGUCGGCUUGUGGUUUUCAAAGUUUUGCAAUGGAAAUGGGUCUAAAUUUUAUGCAAGAAAACUUUAAUGGAACCAUAAAUUAUGUGGACGCUUACGUUAAAUAUGGUUGCAUAAAUCCGCAUGUGUCUUUUGGUCCUAUAGGCAGUGAUACCGUUUGGAAAAGCAUGAUAUUAGCGUGCUCAAAAAUAGGGGAAUUACCACAUAUACGGCAAUGCCUAAGACGAAUACCUUGGCCUUUUUUAUUGCCAAAGCAACCAAUUAAACGUCUCUUGCAUCGGCCUGAUCAACAAACCAGGGUCACUUUUGUUAGAUUUCCUUUAAUCGAUCAACAAGAUAUCGAACGUUCACAAUAUUUCUUUUACAAACUUGACAAAAAGCGACCUAUACAAUUUUAUAAAUAUUUAGUUUUCCCAUCAUUUUUAUUAGCCUUUCUAUUUGCUUUAUGGACUUUGGUCAUAUCUUUAAUGGCAAAUUUUGACAAGACACGUGAGAUAGUUAUCGAAUACCCACGCCUAUUCUCCGUUGGACUCUUCUCACCCAAAGGACCCGAUCUAAGAAUUGUGGCGAACACUAAAUUCCAAAUGACAUUAUACGGUGUGGGUUGGUCAAGAUAUCCAACUCAUUCAAUUUACGAAUUGAAUGAUGAGAGAUUAGACCAAGCAAUGUGUUUAGAGAUUUCUGGUAUUAAUCCAAUAUAUAAUGUGGGUUGUUUAUGUCUUCUCUUGAGUGCUUUAACUGUAUUGCAAGAACAAGAUGUUAUGCCGAACAAGUAA